CCAUACUUUCCGACAAACAUAAACCUCGGAAGGACGAAUCUGAAUGGCCUGUGAUACCCGGUAGCACUCCUUGUCCAACCUCCUGAACUCCAAGGCAGCCAUGGCUACCGCGAUGCAGAAUGCGCCCAGCUCAACCGUCUACGUGAAGAACCUCGAAGAGCGAAUCAAGGUCGACCAGCUCAAAGAAGCCCUGACGGAAAUCUUCUCCGAAUAUGGCAACAUCAUCGACCUCGUGGCCAAAAAGAACCUGAAAGCCAAAGGACAAGCGUUCGUCGUGUUCGAAAACCCUGACGAUGCGGCCAAAGCGAUAGAAGAAAUCAACGGAUUUGAACUUUUCGACAAGCCCAUGCAACUCGACUUCGCACGCACACGCUCCGACGCCACGGUGCUAAAGCAGGAAGGCGAGCCAGGCCUAGAAAAAUGGAAAAGAGCACGUCUAGCUGAGAAGGAGAGAAAACAAGCACUCGAAGCUACACAGCAAAAACUCAAGAGGCCGGCGCCUAUGACUGGUGCGGCUGAAGCGACAGGCUUGUCCGCCCGGCCAGCGAAGGCGGUGAAGGGCGCAGGACUCAAAUCGUCAGGGGCGAAUGCAGCGGCCAUCGUUCCGGACGAGUACCUGCCUCCGAACAAGAUAUUGUUCAUCAGGGAUCUGCCGGAUAGUUACGACGCGGAUGGGCUAUCGCGGAUAUUCAGUCGGUUUGAAGGGUUUAAGGAGGUCAGAAUGGUGCCUGGCAGAAAAGGCAUUGCGUUUGUCGAAUACGAGGCCGAGGCGGGUGCGAUCAGUGCGAAGGAGGCGACAGCGGGAAUGCAGCUUGGUGAUGAAGGCAAAGGAAUCAGGGUCACGUAUCAACGAGCAUGAGCGAAGAAUCAAAGGAGAAACGGUAUGGUCGUGGUAUUUUCAUUUCGACGGGCACGCUAAAACGGGGAAACGGACUUCAGGCUUGAUACCCAUGCAUUGAUAGCGGCUUGGUAGGAGUACAUCGCAAUGGCGUUGCUGGAAAACGGUCUGUAUAAUAUGAGCACGGAACGUCGUGCUGGAGCUUAAAAGAUGACAUCGUCGUCCUCGUGUUCGCC